UUCAACAAUUCCUAUUGCAAUUGUGUCGUACAAUUAUUAAACUCAUAACGUAUCUCAACAUUUUACCAAGUGCUAAUAAUAACUGUCUGAAAUAUUUAUGUCCUGAAUCACAGUUCUUUAAUAAUUAAUCUGCCUAUCCAUUUACCAUGGCAUCAAACGAAGUAAGAAAAAAAGUACUUACUACAUUCAAAUUAGUGCAUAGAGCAAGAUUACUGUGUUUUAAAAAUGAUAACCAAAUGUUAAAUGCUGCUAAACUUCAAAUUAAUGAAGAAUUCAAAAAAAAUAAAACUGUCUCGGAUCCUGCAGUAGUUCAGAAUCUCGUAGCCUUUGCUCAAGAUGUUGAACAUGAACUCUUAACACAAGUAGUUCAAGCAGAAAGAGUAAAUGAAACAAAAUUUAAAUUGAAUUUAGAUCCAGAGCGUCAUACUAUGGAGAAUAUACCAUAUGCUGAAUUAGACGAUGAAACAUAUAAAAAAUGGAAAGAAGAGAAAAAGAAAAGUAGCAAGAAAAAUGAAAAGUGUUGUUGCGACUAAAUUGUAGUUAAAUUGUUUUCUAAAAUUUAAAGUUCAAAAUAUGUAUAAUUCAAUUGAAUAUUUAUAUAGAACUGUAUUUACAGUAGUAUAGUAUAUACUAGGGUCACUGUUAUACAUGUUAUUCUCAGGUACCCAUAUUCUUUACUUAAAUGGUUAAGAUCUGUGAAGUUUAGAUAUGUGAGUUGACAUAUUCACAGUAUAUUUCAUGAGCUAUUUGUGAAUAUAUAUAUAUUUUAAUUCUAAUUACAAUUUAAAAUAUCAUAAAUUAUGGUUUUAAUCAAGGGUAUUUUUUACUCUGUACAUGAAAGUACGCAUAUAUUAAGUGUUGGGUAAAUUACUUUUAAAAAAAGUAAUGAAAUUACGUUACUCGUUACUUCAAAUGCUUUAAAUUAAAUUACAUUUGCGUUACCUAAAAUUAUUUUUAUCACGUUACAUUACUUUUUUAUUAAUAAAGUAGUGCGUUACAAA